UUUUUCAACCUCGAGUUUCCCUGUGAUUUAUGCUUGCGUCAGCAAACUAUGGCAACUUCAGUUGGAGGAGUUGAUGUUUUCUUUCUCAAAUGCAAGCCAAGAAGCCAAGCUAAUACUAGACUUUAGAAUAUCGCAUUAUGCAGUUGGGAGCAGACACGUUUGAUCUAAAUAGAGCAUUGAUUGAUAAGAAGAAGAAAAGAUGGGAUUUCACAAUUCACCGCCAUGUUCGCCAAAUAACGACGAUGCCAAUAUUCAAUGCAUUUGUGAUGCUGGUUAUUCUGAUCAAUUCACUAGUUGUUGGCCUAGAAACCAUUGAGAAUCUUAAGAAGAACAACGCAGAUGCAUUCUUCACUCUAAACACAAUAUUCCUUGUGAUUUAUACGAUCGAAUUCGCCCUUAAAGUCUACGCGGAACCAAAAAACUACUGGAAGAGUAGUUACAACAUAUUCGAUUUCGCUGUGCUGGCUCUUUCGUAUGUCCAAGUACUCCUUGACAAUUUGAGAGUGUUGGAAGUUGAUGAAGGCUCAUUGAAAAUACUUCGGCUUCUUCGAGUCGCAAGAACGCUGCGGACAAUCUCCUUCGUUGAGGGGUUGCAAGUGCUUGUAAACGCAUUGAUAGUCACAAUCCGCAAAUCAGUCGUCAAUGUUGUUGUAUUACUGGUUUUGCUUAUGAUAUUCUUCGGCGUUGUUGGUUAUUAUAUAUUUGGCUAUGACGAGACUGGUGACAAGGAGAGGUGGGGAAGCCUAAGUGAUGCCAUGCUUACUUUGUUCACAUUUGUGACGGCCGAUGGUUGGACACAAAUUCAGAAGCGACUUGAUGCAAAGUUUUCGUACAGCCAAUGGUUCACUGUCAUCUUUAUCUUCUUGGGUCACUUCAUUUUCACAAAUUUAUUCAUUGGAAUAAUCAUAAUGAAUAUUCAUGAAUCCACAGAGAGGUAUAAUGCAACACGAAAGCAGGAAAAAGAAGCAAUUUUGCAGCUGAAAAAAGAUUACCUUUACAAGCGUCAAAGAGAAGAUGUAAAGCACAUGUUAGAAAAACAGAAAAACAGCAAGUAUGCAAACUUUGCAGAAAUGACUCAGCAUUUCAGACGUACCCUUAGUCAUGAUGAUUACGUCAUAAUGACAGAUGUUGCCUGUAAUUUGACUUGGCUGGAAACGUACAUAGACUCACUUGAUCAUCUCGACAUGUACUCAUACAGAUGCCAACAAGCCCAUUUCAACAUGACAAAUGUAAUUGCAGAGCUGCUUGAAAGAAAGAUAAAGAAAAAGGACCCACUGAGCCUCUUCAAAAGGAAGCUUUAAUAGAAAUUGUAAACAACCAUGUAAGUUUUGGUGCAACAGCUCUUUCACUGAUAAAAGCACAGCAGCUUUUCAUUUUUUCAAAUCAUUUCUCCAACCCGAUGUAGACAGUCCCACCUUUUCGUUGCCACUAAAUCUUGGCUUAUUGAGUGUCGUCUCUUGCUAUAUUUUGAAGCUGUUUCAAUAAAAAUUAGAAGGUUCUAGAAUCACCUUGUCCUUAGUUGUGAAGAAAUGUGAAUCGUCUUCACCAACGUGUCUCUCUUUUGGUGUUAAUUAUUUUGUAGAAAAGACAGUAUUUAUGUGAGUCCAAAUAAUGUUUGUUCCUCCGGAAAAUUCCAUUACGUUCGAAUCAGCUGACAUAAGGAAAAUUCUUUGAGAAUAAAAAAGAAUCUACGAUUCACUUUAGGCCAUAAUCGAAAGCGUCCUAAAAUAAGAAAUUGGUUAUCCUCUCAAUUUAUCCGUUGUUUCUUCCCCAAACAGUU